AUGAAGCUCGUCGAAGUUCUUGGAUUGGUUAUGGCUGCCUCGGCCCCUCUCAUCUCUGCCGCCCCAUUACAGGCAGUAAGCGAGGGUAUUGCGAAACGAUCUAUCGGCACUGAGCCUGCGUCCUUGGCCAGCGGCGGAUCGGAGCUCGCGGGAAGGGACACUCAGAGGCGUAGAGCCAUUGCCGAAACAAAGGGAGAGGAAGCCCAGAAGAGUGCUCAGAAGAGUGAGAAAGUGGACCAGAAUGGAACACAAAAAGGCGAGCAAAAGGAUGCUCAGAAGGUUGAGCAAAAGGGAGAGGGCGAGCAGCGAGAGGGAGAGGCGAAGACCAAGACAGGUACUCAACCACCGGAGGCAGAUUCCGGACAGUCCGGAGCCGAGAAGCCGGCGACUAAAGCCGGCAAGCCUGCAACCGAGACCAAAAAGCCUGCAACCAAGACCGGGAAGCCAGCAGCGGAGGCGGAGAAGUCGGAGCCAGUGGCUCCUGGCAAAGGCGCUGUAUAA